AUGGAGGCUGGCACGUCGGGCGGCUCCAGUGCGUAUGAGGAGCUUGUGAAGAUGGCAGUGGAUCGAGAGCCUGGCCUGGCAGCCCUGGCGCAACAGCACCUGAAGGCCAGGGGGGCAGGCUCUCGGGGCGCUGCGUCCUCUGUCGUGGGCCCCAACCCUUCAACAGCUUUGGCAGGGGGGACAAAGCCCCCUUGGUUGAGGCAGCGUGGUGCCCAAGGCGCAAAGUACAACCACCUAAAGGAGCAGCUGCGGGGACUGGAGCUGCACACUGUGUGUGAGGAGGCACAGUGUCCAAAUAUUGGGGAGUGCUGGAAUGGGGAGACUGGCACAGCAACGAUCAUGCUGCUCGGGGACACCUGCACAAGAGGCUGCCAGUUCUGUGCAGUCAACACUGCUCGUACACCACCACCCACAGACCCCAACGAACCUGAGAACACAGCCAGGGCAAUAGCAUCUUGGGGCGUUGGCUACAUUGUGCUGACUUCAGUUGACCGCGAUGACCUACCUGAUGGGGGUGCCAGCCACUUUGCGCGCACAGUCCAGAUCCUCAAGGACCUCAGACCGGACAUCCUGGUGGAGUGCCUCACGCCUGACUUCAGGGGAGAUUUGGAGGCGGUUGGGCACCUGGCAUCAUCUGGCUUGGAUGUCUAUGCUCACAACAUCGAGACUGUCGAAAGGCUGCAGAGGCCUGUCCGCGACGCUCGUGCAGGGUACUUCCAGUCCCUGGAUGUGCUGAAGACAGCUAAGGCAGCGGGCGUCACCACAAAGUCGUCGAUCAUGCUAGGCUUAGGAGAGACUGACGACGAGAUCAUCGACACGAUGUACGAUCUCAAGGAUGUUGGAGUGGAGCUACUCACAUUGGGACAGUACCUGCAGCCAUCGGGAAAGCACCUUCCAGUGAGAGACAUGGUGACACCAGAGAAAUUCAAAGAAUGGCAAGAUUUCGGCACAAACGUUGUGGGGUUCAGGUAUGUGGCCUCUGGUCCGUUGGUACGAUCUUCGUACAAAGCUGGAGAGCUAUUCUUGGAGUCCCUGCUGAGAGAAAAGGCUGCUGACAAGGCGACCGACAGUCUCGUGAACGUCUAG